AUUAGCAGACAGCAAGAGAGUCUUGGAUGUCAACGCCUGACAAACUCUUGAGACCAGCUACCAAACUACAGAAAGUGACUUUCUUCCUGAGUGUUCUCUCUGGCCCUUCUGAUGGAAGCAGAGACGGGGAGCAGCAUGGAGACUGGAAAGGGGACCAACCGAGGCAUUCGAAUUGCCCUGGCAGUGUUUGUUGGUGGCACCCUGGUGCUGGGCACGAUCCUCUUUCUAGUGAGUCAAGGUCUCCUAAGUUUCCGAGCUAAACAGGAGUACUGCCUGAAGCCAGAGUGCAUCGAAGCUGCCGCUGCCAUAAUGAGUAAAGUAAAUCUUUCUGUGGAUCCUUGUGAUAAUUUCUUCCGGUUUGCUUGUGAUGGCUGGAUACACAGUAAUCCAAUUCCUGAAGAUAUGCCAAGCUAUGGGGUUUAUCCUUGGCUGAGACACAAUGUUGACCUCAAGUUGAAGGCACUUUUGGAGAAAUCAAUCAGUAGAAGGCGGGACACUGAAGCCAUACAGAAAGCCAAAAUCCUUUACUCAUCCUGCAUGAAUGAGAAAGCGAUUGAAAAAGCAGAUGCCAAACCACUGCUCCACAUCCUGCGGCAUUCACCUUUCCGCUGGCCUGUGCUUGAAGCUAAUAUUGGUCCUGAAGGGGUUUGGUCAGAGAGAAAAUUCAGUCUACUGCAAACACUUGCAGCAUUCCGAGGUCAAUACAGCAAUUCUGUGUUCAUCCGUUUGUACGUGUCCCCUGAUGAUAAGGCAUCCAAUGAACAUAUCUUGAAGCUGGAUCAAGCAACACUUUCCCUAGCUGUGAGGGAAGACUACCUUGAUAACAGCACCGAAGCCAAGUCUUAUCGGGAUGCCCUUUAUAAGUUCAUGGUGGACACUGCUGUGCUUUUAGGUGCGAAUCGCUCCAGAGCUGAGCAUGACAUGAAGUCGGUGGUUAGAUUGGAAAUUAAGAUAGCUGAGAUAAUGAUUCCACAUGAAAAUCGAACCAGUGAGGCUAUGUAUAACAAAAUGAACAUUUCAGAACUCAGUGCUAUGAUUCCCCAGUUUGACUGGCUCGGCUAUAUCAAGAAGGUCAUUGAUGCCAGACUCUACCCCCAUUUGAAAGACAUCGGCCCCUCCGAGAAUGUGGUGGUCCGCGUCCCGCAGUACUUUAAAGAUUUAUUUAGGAUAUUAGGCUCUGAGAGGAAGAAGACCAUUGCCAACUAUUUGGUGUGGAGAAUGGUUUAUUCCAGAAUUCCUAAUCUUAGCAGGCGUUUUCAGUAUAGAUGGCUGGAAUUCUCAAGGGUAAUCCAGGGGACCACAACUUUGCUACCUCAGUGGGAUAAAUGUGUUAACUUUAUUGAAAGUGCCCUCCCUUAUGUUGUGGGGAAAAUGUUUGUGGAUGUGCACUUCCAGGAGGAUAAGAAGGAAAUGAUGGAAGAAUUGAUUGAGGGUGUUCGCUGGGCCUUUAUUGACAUGCUGGAGAAAGAAAAUGAAUGGAUGGAUGCAGGGACAAAAAGGAAAGCCAAAGAAAAGGCGAGAGCUGUUUUGGCAAAAGUUGGCUAUCCUGAGUUUAUAAUGAAUGAUACUCAUGUUAAUGAAGACCUCAAGGCAAUCAAAUUUUCGGAAUCGGAUUACUUUGGCAAUGUUCUGCAAACCCGCAAGUAUUUAGCACAAUCUGAUUUCUUCUGGCUAAGAAAAGCUGUUCCAAAAACAGAGUGGUUUACAAAUCCAACGACUGUCAAUGCCUUCUACAGUGCGUCCACCAAUCAGAUACGAUUUCCAGCAGGAGAGCUCCAGAAGCCUUUCUUUUGGGGAACAGAAUAUCCUCGAUCCCUGAGUUAUGGUGCUAUAGGAGUAAUUGUGGGACAUGAAUUUACACAUGGAUUUGAUAAUAAUGGUAGAAAAUAUGAUAAAAAUGGAAACCUCGAUCCUUGGUGGUCUGUGGACUCAGAAGAAAAGUUUAAAGAAAAGACAAAGUGCAUGAUUAACCAAUAUAGCAACUAUUAUUGGAAGAAAGCUGGCUUGAAUGUGAAGGGGAAGAGGACCCUGGGAGAAAAUAUUGCUGAUAAUGGAGGUCUGCGAGAAGCUUUUAGGGCUUACAGGAAGUGGAUAAGUGACAGAAGGCAGGGAGUUGAAGAGCCUCUCCUACCAGGCAUCACAUUCACCAACAACCAGCUCUUCUUCCUGAGUUAUGCUCAUGGUCAAUGGUGCCAUUAGCAACUUUGAAGAAUUCCAGAAAGCUUUUAACUGCCCACUGAAUUCUACUAUGAACAGAGGCAAGGAUUCCUGCCGGCUGUGGUAGCUGGAGUGCUGUUUUCUGCUGUCCUGGCAGAGCAGACCAAUGCCAGGGGAGAUGGACUAAACAUUCAUCACCUGCUGCUUUAGGCCUAAAUUUUCUUGAGGACUUUUAUUUUUAAUGCAUUUCCAUUAUUUGGGUAGAUGACUUGCUUGGAUCUAAACAGUUUCUGUUCAAAGUCAUAGGGCUUAAAAAGGAACACAAGAAAUGAACCAAGUAUGUUUCUUUAGAAAGUCAAGCCAAGAAGAACAAAUCCCUAGGGCUACUUUGGUAAACCACUCCUGGCUGACAUUACUAUUAUCCAUUUUAAUGGGUUAGCCACAACUAGGUGGUUGGUAUACAGCAUUUCAAUCUAUAGCUUUGCAGGGGACCUGAGUAGAGUUUAUCCAUAGAAAGGUUCAGUCUAGGAAAGUGGUCAUCUUCAAGGAUGAAAACGUGUAUGUGCGUGCCUUCAAAGGUCUUGUAGCUCUGUGAAAUGCAGUUCUGGAUUUCACAGACAAUCAUUAUGCAGCAUUUCUUAACUCUAAGGUACUUAUAUUAGAAAUUUAUUGGAUCUUCAUUUUGUAAUUUUUGAUGAAGUUUUUCCCUUCAAUUUUGGAGUCUAUUGAAAUGAAAAUGUUCCUCAGAACUUACACCUGAUAUAACUAACUUCUCUGUUUUAGUCAGCAUGAACAAACAUGGCAGAAAGCCUACUGUGCAAAUGAUUUGAGUUUAUCAAGCAGGAAAAAUAAUGAAUCUUUAAAUGCCAAAAGUAUUAAAAAAAAUAGUCACACUAGGAAAUAAAAUCUGCAGAAUUUUUUCUAGUCCCUAUGAACUCCAAUGAUUAUCUGUCUACUGGACACCACUCAUGAGCCAGUUCCUGUUUGCUUCAUUAUGCUUAUAUGUGUGUAGCUUCUAAGUCCAAAGUGAACAGGCAAUGAGAGGCGAAUUUUCUGAUUCCCCAUCAGGAACAUAUGGCUUUCGUUUCCAUUUAGCACAAAGAUAGAAACAUAAUGUAGAAGAGGGAGUAAAAUGCCCUUCCAUUUCAGUCCAGUUCAUGUAAUUUCUUUUUAAAGAAAACCCCUUUCAAAAGCUUCUUAAAUGAAGACAUGUUAGUAUAUAUUUAUUCAAUUUAAAAUAUCCUGCAUAGACCUUAGAAACAAUUUUAUACUUCAGGUCUUAAGAAGAGUCUGUAAGAAAAAAAGCAGUACUGUAUUGUGAUCCUUAGACUGUUAUCCUUUUAAUUAACACCUUUGUCUUUUAGUGUGUGUAUAUGUAGGAUAAUAUUAUAAUGGCAUUAAAGUGGCUACUUGGUAUUUCCCAUUUAUUCAUAUAGACAUGCCCCUGCCCCCAUCACAUUAUUCAUUGUACAUGAGGUGCUGAGUUAAGUGGGCCAAUAGAAAAAUCUCAAAAGCAAAAUGACAAAUUCAGAUGAACCACAGGAGGUCAUUGUGCAUCCUUGUGACUUGUCAUCAUUUAAAAAAAAAAAUAAGUGUGAACUAUGUCCUUUUGUAACCAUGGGAACUUCCAAAGGGAGAAAAAUGGAAGGGUACCAUCCUGAGGAAAACAAUUAUCCUGCAUUAGUCUGAGGAGAGUGAUUUUCCCCUUGACUUCCUCCUCUCUGAAUGGAUACACUUCUGAAGGGCAGCUGCCUUUUCCUCCUUUUUACCAUGGUUUAAAUGUGACCUUGGUUUGUAUUUCUAAAAACAAACAGUAUUAUGUCACGUGUUAGAAAUAUA